CCGCGCUAUAAUCAGUUUCAAGGUCUGGAUUCUGCCGAAUGGAUAGUUUACUCUUAGAUGUAAUUUCGGCAGCAAAAUUUGGAUUCGACCUAUAUAUAGACCUCUUGCAUGACUGCGAUUUCUCUGCAUUAAUAGUAUCAUCCAUAACAUUUAUACUCAUUUUCUCAGUUUUCGAAAUAUCUGGUGGCAGGCUAGCAUGUUCCUUUUUCGCUUGUCUGAGAAAGACUCCCUUUAUAAGAUCCUACAUCAAUAAGAAGAUAGAUGAAGCUUCAAAAGAAAUACAUAGAGAGGUUCAUAAAAAAACCUCACAUAUUGUAUUUGAAAAGAACCUUCCUAUCUGUGGACAAACUGUGGAGAAUGUACUAUCAAGUGCUCGGAAGUAUAAAACAUUGGAAUAUAUAAAGUGGGACGAAGGAUUUGUUUCUGGAAGCGUUUACCCAAGAGAUAAAGCUCUUACAGUUUUGUGCUCGGAUAUCUAUAAGGAAUUCCUCUGGACAAAUCCAUUACAUCCGGAGCUUUUUGUUGAUAUUCGACGAAUGGAAGCUGAGGUUGUACGUAUGUGUGUUACAAUGUUCCAUGGAGAUGAAGAUGCAUGCGGUACCACUACAUCAGGAGGAACAGAAAGCAUUCUUCUUGCAUGUUUGGCUUAUCGUCAGCUUGCACGUGAACAUGGUAUAAAACACCCAACUAUGGUAAUUCCAGUCACAGCUCAUCCGGCAUUUGAUAAAGCUGCACAUUAUUUUUCUAUGAAAGUAAUUCAUGUACCAUUGGAUCCUAUUACAUAUAAAGUAGAUAUGAUUGAAAUGAAAUCAUCCAUAACCGAUGAUACAUGUAUGCUUGUUGGUUCAGCACCAGGAUUUCCUCAUGGAAUUAUUGAUCCUAUUCAAGAAAUUGCUAAAUUAGGUCAUAGAUAUAAUAUACCAGUUCAUGUGGAUUGUUGCUUAGGUGGUUUCCUUUUACCUUUUAUGGAAAAAGUUAAUUAUCCAAUUGGAGAAUUCGAUUUUCGGUUACCAGGUGUCACAAGUAUAUCAUGUGAUACUCAUAAGUACGGGUUUGCGCCAAAAGGCACAUCUGUUAUAAUGUAUAGAAAUCAAUAUUACCGAUCGAAACAAUACUUUACACAGACAACUUGGCCUGGUGGUAUAUAUGCUUCAUCAACUUUACCAGGAAGUCGACCUGGUGCGUUAAUUGCUACUUGCUGGGCGACAAUGAUGUAUCAUGGAGAAAAUGGUUAUUGUAAAUCUACUAAGCGUAUCAUCAGUACUACUCGUUAUAUUAUAAAUGAAUUACGUAAAAUACCGGGUAUAUUUAUACUUGGUGAACCAAAUGUUUCCAUUAUAGCAUUUAGUUCAAAUCAUUUUGAUAUUUAUCAAUUAAGUCAUUUAUUAUCCAAUCAACCAAAUGGACGUGGUUGGAAUUUAAAUAAUUUACAAUUUCCACCAGCAAUACAUUUAUGUAUUACAGAUAUGCAUACCAUGAAAGGUUGUGCAGAACAAUUUAUUCAAGAUGUUAAAGAAAUUGUUAAAGAAUUAAUGAUAAAACCAAAUAAAAAAUCUGAAGGUUCAGUUGCUCUUUAUGGAUUAUCACAAAUGAUACCGGAUCGUUCAAUUGUCACUGAAUUAGCUCAUUGCUAUUUAGAUGCAUAUUAUGAUACACCAAAUAAUGAAUCAUAAUAAUAAUAAUAAUAAUACAGGAAAGACAUUUUCUAGGGUUUCUCUUAUAUAAUCUAAUCAUACACUAUCAUGUAUACAUUUUUUUUUCAAUUCUAUAAAAACUGAUAUUCAUUAAGUAUUAUUCAUAUAUAAUAUGAACUUUAUUUUUCUGAAGAAGAAGAAAGAGGAAAAAGACGAAACAAGGAAUUUAAACGUUUAUAUGUCUUAAAUGAGUUUACUUUUUAUUCAUAGAAUAUUUUAACCAAACAAUUUUAUUUUAAUGUGUAUUUGGUUUUAUCAUCUAUUUCACUGGUUUUCUGUUUAUUUAUUUGUUUAUAAUGAUUGAGUUAUUUGAGAUUGAAGUGUAUUUGAUUGUUUGCUGUGUUUUAUUUUGUGGAGGUUCAUACAAUAGUAUACAGGUAAAUAAAAUUUUUGAAUGUGAAUA